UGAUUCCUCAACGGGAAAUCAAAAUAUAUAAACUCUCGAAGCGUUCUCCGUCGGGUCGGGUGUUUAAACAUUGAGUUAGCGCUGUGUUUUUAUGCGAUCAAUGGUGUAUUCUGAUGAGUCAGAGAUGGCGAUGGGAUCCCAGAGAUUGAAUCCUCUUCACAAUUUCAAGCUGCCAUGUUUGAAGUGGGGGAAUCAGAGGCACCUGAGGUGUAUAAAACUCGGCGAUGCUUCCAUCGCCACCGACUCAUCCUCCUCCUUCAAUGAUCGUCAUCUUCUUCGGCGUUUUCAUUUGGUUCAGAGACGUCGAUCUCCUCCGUCUUCGAAAUCUGAGGGAUUAAUGGUUGGUGGGACGAGGCGGCAUGAAUCGGAGUCUUAUCCGAGCAACGAUUAUGGGAGGGAGGGGAGGCUUAGGGUGUCGAAGGUAGAGGCGGAAGAGGGGAUCGAGGCAGUCAGGGAGAAGAUUAUGAAGGAUCUUAAAACGGCGGCGGAUAAGAUCAAAGAUGAUUUUUUCAGAGACAAAGCUUCCGACGGUGAUGAGGUGGAGGCCGGUGAGAACGAAUUCAAAGAGCCUAAACUCAAACGAAAAGAGAAAGAGAAAGAGAGGGAAGAAUCGCCGGCGGUGGAGGUGGAGAUGAGGCCGUGGAAUCUCAGGACGAGGCGUGCGGCUUGCAAGGCUCCGAUUGACGGAGGAGGAACGAACAAUAACUACAAUUCUGCAACUAGAAAUAAGGUGAUCAACUCACUCAGAGUAAGAGACAGAGGACAGCCGGUGGUGUCGGCGGCGGCUGACGAGAAGAAAAAGGAACGGUCGGAACUCUCGGUGACACUGUCGAAGCAAGAGAUCGAGGAGGAUUUCAUGGUUAUGGUUGGGCGUCGCCCUCGGAAAAGGCCAAAGAAACGCGCACGUUAUGUUCAAAAGGAAUUGGAUGCGUUGUUUCCUGGCUUACUGCUGACGGAGGUGACGGUGGAUUCUUACAAGGUUCCGGAGCUCAUUGAAAACGGCAAUGUAAGUUCGAAUAUCCUCUAACGCGAUAACUUCAAACCCCUAAAAAAAAAACCCACUUUUUUCUCUGUGUUUCCAACAAUUUCUCAGCAACCAAACAAAUGGUAUUGAUUGUAAUAUAAGAUGUCUGCAUUUUGAUCGUGCAGAUGGAUUGUUUCCUUUAGGUGAGUUAUGGUAAUUUCCUGACCAUCGGGAAUAUUUCAUAUAAAUGCUCUUCAUUAAUUUCCUUCUUUGUCUAAAGCUGAAUAGUAUUGCACAAAGAACCCAUCUUUGAUGUUUACUUGUUAAAAAUUGUCUUAAUCAGUCCUAAUAAUAUAUAUGCACCAUCUUGAA